GCUCAAUCAAAUACUCCCAUAAAAAGUCACAACGAAAUAAUAGCCAUUCAGAAAAUGACAAAAGAAAUUCUUUAGUUGAGAGUUAGUUAGUUGUUAGUCUAAAGAAAUUCUUCAAACAUUUUCUGAAGCAUACUAAUAACAUUAAUAUUAAAUAAUUUUAUCAUAGCAUUAGCCAGAAAUAGAAUUAUUAUUAUCUCCAUUAGUUGCGAUGAAAGACCUUGACAUUUAUACAAUAGGUAGCUGAGGGUUUAUUGUUCAAACGGGUUAGUUCAGUCCUUCAUCGAAUUAUAAAAGAGAGAUUUUUGUGUAUUAAUAUGUUACAUUAAGUUUAAUUCAAAAAAGGCCCAAUAUUAAAUUAACAGAACAGAAUUUUUAUUUUUAAAUCUAUUCCGAAGAAAAAAAAUUCACCAUGUUGCUAAUCAAUAUAAUCACACUACGGAACAGAAGUUCGCCUAUGAACUUUGAUUAAUAUUAGAUUUUAUUCAAGGAUGUGAUUCAAAUCAUCUUCACUGCGAGAUAAAUAUAAUUAGGAGAAACAAGUUUUCGAAACGGUCGACUUGUUUAUUCAACCACAGCAGUCUUAUAGCGUGCAUAUCAACAAAUACACAUCCUUUAUGUUGUUCAGUGAAAAUAAUAAACAUGGAUAAAAUGAAGGACAAAAUGGAACUUCAAACGGAUAUUAGUGAUGUUAAAGUGAACAGUGAAGUUGAAGAUAAGAAAGAAAAAGAAAAAGCAAAGGAACCAUUUUCAUUGUCCAAAUUUAUAGAAAAGUGCUUUACAUUCUUUACAGUGGAACCGUAUUUACUGUGUUACAUAUUACCAAGUAUAAUAUGUUCGGUAGGAGUGCAAAAGUUGAAUAUGGAGAAAGCUUGUCGCGUUGAUUUAAAUUAUACAAUAGAUGUAUGUACCAAAGUGGUGAAUGGUGAUACCAGUGAUAACAUCACCGAAGAAGCCUUGAUCGGUGCUUCGACACUUGUAGCUGAUAUGACAGCUUGGAAAGAUCCACUUCAAACAGGAAUACCAGCAAUAUUCAUAUUGUUCGUCGGUGCUUGGAGUGAUAGAACUGGAAACAGAAAAGCAUUGUUACUUAUACCUAUAAUAGGAGAAGUUAUGUCAUUAGUUGGACUAAUGAUAGGAACUUAUUAUUUCGAUGAAUUGCCAUUAUGGGUUAUGGGCUUAUUCCAAGCGAUGUCUGCUAUCUUCACGGGUGGACUACCUGUUGCAAUAAUGGGAUCUUACAGUUUUAUUGCCGAUGUAACUACUGUCGAAUCCCGUACGUUUAGGAUUGGAGUUGUUGCUACAAUAGUAACUCUCGGCAUUCCUUUAGGUACUGCUAUCAGUGGUAUAUUAACCGAAGCAGUUGGCUACUAUGGCAUAUUCGGCAUAGCGAUUGCUAUGUACGUCAUUGGAUUUAUUCAUACGUUGUUCAGAAUUCAUGAUGUAAGAAGAACUAAAAUUGAGGGAACAUUUUGUUAUAAAUUAACACAAUUCUUUCAUCCCAAAAAUGUGUGGGAUACAUUGUCUCUAUUAUUUCUUAGUCGUGGGCGAAUGUUAGCCCAAAUAGCUCUAGUUAUUUGGGCUCAUAUUGUUAUAACGGGACCAGUGCAAGGCGAAGGAACAUUACUUUAUCUAUAUACAUUGAACAGAUACAACAUGGACAUUGUGGAUCUAAGUUUAUUCUCUACUUAUUCUACACUCGUAGGAAUUGCAGGAACUGCUAUUGCUGUAACGGUGUUCAGUAAAUGGCUGUCAAUGCACGACAGCAUAUUGGGUAUAAUAGCAACAACGAGUAAAGUAUUAUCUUCACUUAUAUACGGAUUGGCACCGACCAGGGAUUGGUUCUUCGUCGGCCCUGUGUUUGAUAUCUUCGGUAAUUCUGGAGUUACCGCUAUCAGGUCUUUGGGAACGAAAAUAGUCGAUGCAGAUAAUGUCGGUAAGUCGCAACAUUGAUGUUUCUUUUUAAAAAUUUACGCCACAAUUUCAUUUCAUGUUCUUUGUUAUAGAUCAAAACGUCUUUAUCUUAUUGAUAUGAUAAUUAUAUUUAUAUAUUUUUAAUUUCAAAUUUGUUAGUAGCCUUUACUUGUAUAUAAUUUAGAAUUACUUUAAAUGUUUAACCACUUUUACUUAGUUCAAAAAGUACCUAUAUAUAUAAUAUAAAUAUAAAAAAAUAUAUAUACAUUUAUUGUUAGUAACAAUUUAAGUGAAUAAUAACAAUUAAUUCUAAAGAAAUUAAUUAUAAUAUUAACAAAUUCCAUUCUAUACACUACAGAACAUACAGUUCAAGGUUGAAUAGGAAUUUUGGCCUUUUUUUAUCAUUUGUUGA